GAUUGGACACAAGGGUCUCACCAUAGACAACACCGAGAUUUGUCGUGACUGCACUAGUUCUUUUAACACUCUUUUCGGUGGAUCGCAUUUCAAGACCAUCUCGACAUAGCAGGCUCUACACUCAAGAUGGGUCUUUCUAAGGUCCUCGCGGCCUCUCUUCUGGCUUUACGCCUCUUCUCUGGCUCUGUUGAAGCUAGCCAGUCGACAGCUGUGCAGCAGCGCCAGAGUACCGGUUCCGACUAUUGGGUUGCCGACAUCAAACGUCAAGGUGUUGCUGUCUAUGCCGAUUCCGGCUAUCAGGUCUUCCGCAAUGUCAAGGACUAUGGCGCCAAGGGAGACGGCACCACUGAUGAUACCCAGGCGAUUAACCGAGCCGUUCAAGAUGGCUCUAACCGCUGCAUCGAUCACUGCGACUCUCGAACCAGUACCCCCGCCAUUGUCUAUUUCCCUCCCGGCACCUACAUGGUCAGCAACCCAAUCAACCAGACCUACUACACCCAAUUCAUCGGUGAUGCGAACGAUAUCCCGACCAUCAAGGCACUACCCAACUUUGAUGGUAUGGCGGUCAUUGACGCGAACCCUUACGAUUACACCCAACAGCCGGCUCAGAACUGGUACAUCAACCAGAACAACUUCUUCCGUCAGGUUCGUAACUUCAUUAUCGACAUCAAGGACGUUCCUAUCAGCAAGGGUGCCUGUAUCCAUUGGCAAGUCGCUCAGGCAACUAGUCUGCAAAACAUCGUCUUCGAGAUGAACCCAGACACCAGCGAUGCGAACACCCAGAAAGGCUUGUACAUUGAGAAUGGAUCUGGUGGCUUCAUGGCUGAUCUUACGUUUAACGGUGGAGGUAUGGGAGCCUACAUCGGCAGCCAGCAAUACACUUCUCGCAACAUGACCUUCAACAACUGCAACACAGCCAUCCACCUGAUUUGGAACUGGCUUUGGUUGAUGCAGGACAUUACUAUCAACGGCGGAAAGAUUGGCAUUGACAUGGCAAGUGAUUCCAUGGAUGAGAUCAAGGUUGGUUCGUUGCUCCUUCUCGAUAGCAAAAUUUCAAAUGUCCCGGUUGGAAUCAAUACUCUGUACAAGCCCGAGAAUUCCGACACCAACAACACCCUCAUCGUAGAUAAUGUGGACAUGUCGGAGGGUGUCCCCACUGCUAUCCAGUAUGCGAAGGACAAGUCUGUCAUUCUCCAAGGAAACCAGAAGGUCACAGGGUUUACUCAGGGCCGACAGUACGAUGGUAGCGAAGGCAAAGCGAUCCAAAUCGCCAAAGACAAUGUCCGCAAGCCCAAUGUUCUGUUGGGCGACGAUGGCAAAGUCUUCUCGCGCAUCAAGCCUCAAUACGAAUCCAGUCCAUCUAGUAGUUUCGUUAGCGUGAAAACGGCCGGUGCCAAAGGUGAUGGCAAAACCGACGAUACUGCGGCGAUUCAGAAAAUCUUCGACAAUGCUAAGGAGGGUGACAUCAUCUACUUCGACCACGGCGCCUAUCUCAUCUCUGACACGGUCAAAAUCCCCAAGAACAUCAAGAUCACCGGUGAGAUGUGGCCCCUUCUCAUGGCUACCGGUAAGAAGUUCUCCGAUCAGACCAAGCCUGUUCCUGUCUUCCAGGUCGGCGAGGCUGGUGAUGUGGGCGACGUUGAGAUGUCGGAUUUAAUCAUCGAGACCCAAGGCCCGCUUCCUGGAGCAAUUCUCAUGCAAUGGAACCUUGCGGGAUCUACAAACGGCGCUGCUGGAAUGUGGGAUGUACAUUUCCGUAUCGGUGGGACUGCUGGUACUGAGCUACAGUCCGAUAAGUGCACCAAGAACGAGAAUGUCACCACCACUGCCACCCCCGAGUGUAUGGGUGUCUUCAUGAUGCUUCACAUCACACAGACAGCCUCAACGUACAUUGAAAACUGCUGGUUCUGGGUUGCCGACCAUGAGCUUGACCUGAACGAUCACAACCAAAUCAACAUCUUUAGCGGCCGUGGCGUCCUCAUCGAGUCCCAGAAGCCCGUAUGGUUGUGGGGAACUGCGUCUGAGCAUAGCAUCUUGUACAACUACCAGGUUUCUAACGCCCAAAAUGUUUUCCUUGGUAUCGCUCAGUCAGAGACCGCCUACUUCCAGGGCAAUCCUCCUGCUCCCGUAGGCGCCACAGUUCUUGAAGGCUUCAUCGACCCUGAUUUUGACAAGUCUUGCGACGGUUCGUCCGACACCUGCGCACGCACCUGGGGUCUUCGUAUCACGAAUUCGUCUUCGGUGUAUGUCUACGGCACUGGUCUAUACAGCUUCUUUAACAACUAUGGCCAAAAAUGUGUGGCGGAGAACAAUUGCCAGGACAACAUGAUCUCCAUCGAGGGAUCUACUGGAGUACACCUCUAUGGAGUCAGCACCAAGUCCUCGGUGAACAUGAUCAGCGUCGAUGGCCAGUCCGCCGUUCUUGACAAAGACAACAGAAACAACUUCUGCGCCGCCAUCGCUAAGUUCGAGGUAGACGUUGGCUCCAAGUCACCAGCGUCAAGCAGCGCUGGAACGGGUUCAUCUACUCCUUCAACUACAAUUUCGGCUUCGACUUCGGUCUCGGAGACAACACUCUCUGGAACUGCCGUAACUGCUACCCCCAGCUCUGGCGCCAAUUCCGGCUCCGGCUCCGGCUCGGGUUCCGGUUCAGGUUCUUCAGCUAGCGGCUCCCCCAACAUUGUUACUGACACUCAGGCCACGGCUACUCCGGCUUCCACACCGGCAGGUAGCUAUAGUCAACCUGGUGGAGGGUCGACUGCCGGCACAUCGGCGACGGGAUCUGUAGCAGGAUCCGUGGGAGCAUCCGUAACUACCAUUCCUAUCCCUUCCGAAACUUCCAACGGCGGUUCUGGCGGCGCUGGCAGUUCUGGCAGUGCUAGCGGUGCCGGUAAUGGUGGUGAUUCCGAUGAUGUCACGGUCACAAUCACCCAGACGGUGACGGCAGUGGGAACUUGCUCCCAAAGUCCAUGAAGUGUGGCUACUGGGACCCA